UUCUCCUCCUCAAAUAUUAACUCAUCCUUUUUCUCUUUCCCCCUGUACUCUUUCUCUUUACUUUUGCUGCAAGUUGCAACUGUGUACUCUUUAUGUUCUUCUCUUUUUUCUAGUUAUUUGUAAAAAAAUUAAAAGGAAAAAUAAAUGAAGAUGAAGGUGAAGGUGAGGUAUAUAGUGUUGAAUUUGCUAUGGGUUUCCGUGUUUUCUCCCAUCUUUAUUUACACUUACGUGGUCGGCACUUUCUUCGAUCCCUCUUUUUCGAGACUCGAUUUUCUUGACGAUGUUGCAGCAUUUACGUUGUCCGGGGAUACCAGCCAUCUCCAUGUUGUUCCUCUGGAAACUUCCACAGCCCUCAAAAAACCCGUUGGGGUCGUAUAUUCCGACCACUCUGCUAAUUCCUUCCCCAAUGAGAUGACGGAGCAUAAAUCUACAAGAGUGCUUUCUGCUGCGAGUGAAGAACGUCAACCCCUACUAAACAACCCCAUUACACGGGCCUAUGAAUCUCAACUCUUGGCUAUAAGACUUGAGGAACAACACACGCUGCCCCCUGGUAAGAUUGAGCAAAAAGAGCAUUCAGUUAACAAAUCUGACCAAAUGACUGAAGCAGCAGAUGCUCAGGUCCGUCGACUCAAAGACCUGCUCAUCCGUGCAAAAGUGUACAUCUCCCUUCCAGCCAUAAAAAGCAACUCGCGUUUGACAAGGGAGCUUCGAUUGCGGAUUAAGGAACUUUCACGUGCUAUUGGUGAUGCAGCCAAGGACACUGAUCUGCCAAAAAGUGCCUUUGAGAAGUUGAAAGCAAUGGAGCAAUCAUUAGAAAAAGGUAAGCAGAUUCAAGAUAACUGUGGUGCUUCGAUAAAAAGGCUUCGGGCUAUGCUCCACUCAACUGAAGAUCAACUCCGAGUGCACAAAAAAAAGACCACGUUCUUGGCACAGUUAACUGCAAAAACCCUUCCCAAAGGUCUUCAUUGCCUGCCUUUGCGUCUUACUACUGAGUAUUAUACCUUGAAUUCUUCACAACAGAACUUUCUAGAUGAAGACAAAUUAGAAGACCCCCGACUGUACCAUUACGCACUUUUCUCUGAUAAUAUAUUAGCAGCUGCUGUUGUUGUAAACUCAACCAUUUCCCAUGUUAAGCACCCUUCGAAGCAUGUUUUCCACAUUGUUACAGAUAGGCUCAAUUAUGCAGCAAUGAGGAUGUGGUUUCUGUGUAAUUCACCUGGGAAAGUCACUAUACAGGUUCAGAACAUCGAAGAAUUUACAUGGUUAAACUCAAGCUACAGUCCAGUCCUUAAGCAGUUAGGUUCUCCUUCAAUCCGUGAUUAUUACUUCAGGGCCCGCCGGUCUAAUUCUGUUUCAAAUCUGAAGUACCGAAACCCAAAAUACUUGUCCAUCCUGAACCAUCUUCGGUUUUACCUACCAGAGAUCUUCCCAAAACUCAAUAAAGUAUUGUUCUUAGAUGAUGAUGUAGUAGUCCAGAAGGACCUUAGUGAUCUUUGGUCCCUCGAUUUGAAGGGCAACGUUAAUGGUGCUGUUGAGACUUGUGGAGAAAGCUUCCAUCGAUUUGAUCGCUAUUUCAACUUCUCACAUCCUCUAAUCUCAAAGAACUUUGACCCACAUGCUUGUGGAUGGGCAUAUGGAAUGAACAUUUUCGAUUUGGUGGAGUGGAGGCGGCAGAACAUAACAGAGGUGUAUCACAGAUGGCAGAAGCUGAAUCAUGACAGGCAAUUGUGGAAGUUGGGGACCCUGCCUCCUGGUCUCAUUACAUUUUGGAAACGCAUUCAUCCCCUGAAUAGGUCUUGGCAUGUGCUUGGGCUUGGCUACAAUCCUAAUGUCAACCAGAGGGAGAUUGAACGAGCUGCUGUUAUACACUAUAAUGGCAACUUGAAACCAUGGUUGGAGAUAGGCAUACCCAAGUACAGAAACUAUUGGGCAAAGUACGUAGAUUAUGAUAGUGUGUAUUUGCGAGAUUGUAAUAUCAAUCCAUAGAAAGCCUUCUUUAAAUGUCCUUACACGUAAUGAACCUAAAAAGAACCUUACAUAUUGUUUAGCGGUGACCGAUGUUAAUUUAGAUUCAUUCUUUCUUGUA